AUGCCAAGAAAAGUAAACUUUGUGAUGAUUGAUGCCCGUGUACCGGACGUGGAUGAAAUGGCGGCAGAGGAUGAGAAGAUUUGGUUGCACGAUACGAAGAUCCUGAUUGUGGAUCGUCAGCGGGACAACUGCUAUAGAGCGUCUAGCUUUCAAAAUAUGGUUCGCAUCAACAAUGAAGAGGACAGGGCAUACAAUGUGCCAUUCUGCAGUUUUAUCGAGCUACUACCGCAAAUCCGCUCGAUCGAAACGCUUGAGAUGAACGUAUCGACAGAUUAUGAGCUGUUGGAAGGAUUCGCGAGCAACCUGGGAAUUGACAUCAGAGCAAUGCAAAGUGACGACCUAUUUGAGGCGACAGACAGCGGCGAAUUAUUGCGAAAAGUCUUUGCCAAUUACGCCAAUGGUGUCGAUCAGCUGGUUGUUGAAGUCAGUGAUUUCCUAUUCUUGGUGUCUACAAACAUUUACUGGCGAACCACCUGCCAAAAACGCUCGACUGUGCUUCUAUGUGGGAAACGUGGUGCGGACCAUCAAUCCCAGCACGUCGCCAAGAACUUUAUUUUUGUCACCACGCAUGGUGUUUGUCGACAAUUGCGAGCAUGG